AUGGAGGAGGCCCUCCGACUGAUGGAGGCCAGGCUGACUGCGGCGGAGCAGCAGAUCGCAGAGAGGACGGCCGAGCUCACGGAGGCCAAGCGGGUCAUCGACCAGCUGAGCACCGCGGCGCCCGCUGCAGCUGGAGCCGCGGCCGCGCCUCAGCAGCCUAGCCGAGGCGAGAGCUCUCUCGUGGACACGAGGGCUCUGGGCAAGCCGCCGCUGUUUUCAGGCGACCUGACGGCGGACGGCAAGCCAGAGGGAGGUCUGGCGUGGCCGCAGUGGUCAUUCACCUUCAGGGCCUACGCUGGCGCGUUCGACCCGACCUGCAGGGACGCGCUGGAGUACGCAGCCAACAAGGUCGACGACGAGCAGCAGAUCAGCAAUGUGACGAUGGACCUGAACGACAAGAAGCUCUCGUCGCAGAUCUACUACGUGCUGGCACUCACGUGUCGUGGGCGAGCGCUGUCGGUGGUGCAGCGCGUCCCAGAGGGCUGGGGCGUCGAGGCGUGGAGGCAGCUGUGCCGCGAGUUCGAGCCCAGGCUGCCGAGCCGCUUCCAGGGCAUGCUGCAGAGGCUGCUCGACCCUGUGCGAGGCCCGGACAUGUUGGAGAGCAUCUACACUUGGGAGCGCCAGCUGAAGGUCUACGAGGAGCAGUCUGGCGACCAGAUGGCUGACUCGAUCAAGCUGGCGACUUUGACCAACAAGCUCUUGGAUGGCCCCCUGAAGACCCACGUCAACCUCCAGGUAGGCCGCCUGCAGACGUACGAGGCUGCGAAGGCCGAGGUGAUCUCGUACCUUCGCGCGACGGCCAACCAGGAGGAGGAGCCAGUACCCAUGGAGUUGAACCCUGGUAAGAACAAGAAGGUCUGCUUCUACUGCGCCAAGCCGAACCACACGAAGCAGGAGUGCAGGAUCUUAGCGAAGGACCGAGCAAGCAAGGACAUCAAGCCAGACAAGUCUGGACGCUACGCAGGCAAGCCAGUCGACAAGAUCACAGGCAAGCGCCUCGAGAGCGAGAAUGGCGACACGGCGGCGUUGACGGCCCUGUCUGACGACGGCUACUACUACGACGAGCAGGAUGGCUUCGUGUUCGCGCUGAUGGAGGGCGAGAGCUCCAACGAGAUCGAGACGGGUUACUGUUACGCCCUCGAGGGCGCCGACUUCGACCUGCUCUUUGACACGUGUGCUGCAAGGAGCGUCUGCCCACCCUCGUGGGCGCCUGAGGUGGCCAUCAAGGAGUGCCGUGGGACGGUGCUCUACCAGGCCGACGGCAACGAGCUUAAGCACUACGGGAAGAAGGAGGUGAGCAUGACGGAUCAGAACUCUGGCGAGCCGCUGACAGUGAGCUUCGAGGCCAAAGGGGUGCGCAAGCCGAUCAUGGCAGCGAGUUCUGCAGUUGAUGCGGGCUACGGUGUGUGGCUGUACGACGGAGGGAGCUACAUCGUGAAGCCCGAGCAGGCGAAGGACUUGGCGAGCCACGUGAAGGACAACAUCGGCAAGGGCAAGUCCAUCGCGCUGAAGCGGAACAACGGCAUCUUCGUCAUCCCAGCUCGUCGGUGCUCGACUGGCGAGCUGUGCCCGACGACGGAGAAGAGCGACGAGCCGAAGCACGUUGGCGGACGGCCCAAGGUGGAGCUCGAGGACAGCGAGGAGGCCAGGAGCGCGACCACCAAGAAGGUAGCGGUCUGGCCGAGCGCAGACGAGAGGGCAAAGCACGAGGUCACUCACUGUCCAUUCCGUGCCUGGUGCAGGUACUGCUUGACGGGCCAGGCGACCGAGGAUCAGCACAGGAGUCAGGAGUCCGUCUCGACCGUCGCGAAGCUCGCGCUGGACUACUGCUUCCUAGCGCGGGAGGGCGAGCUGCAGAAGGCGACGAUACUAGUCAUCGUGCUGAGGCCUCCAGGCGCUAUUGGAGCCACGCAGGUGUCGAAGAAGGGAGUUGACGACGUUGCAGUGGAGUUCGUACUCUUCCACCUCGAGGCAUGGGGUGUUGGAGAGGUCGUCCUGAGGGCGGACCAGGAGCCCGCCAUCCAGGCACUGCUAGGCGAGCUACGCCGACGUCGGGUGGAGCACCACCGCACGACAGUCGAGAAGUCCACGAAGCACGACAGCAAGGCGAACGGCGUGAUCGAGGCCGUGGUGCGUAGAGUGGAGUCACUCACCCGCACGUACGUGGCCGUCAUCGAGGAGAAGUUCAAGACCAAGGUGACGAGUCAGUCGGUGGUCCUGCCGUGGCUGGUCAGGCAUGCGGCCUACGUCCUCACGAGGUUCGUCACGAAGAGCGACGGAAGGAGCGCUUGGGCGACGAUCAAGGGCAAGGAGUUCGCGUCGCCCGUGGAGUGUGUGGGCGAGACUGUGGACUUCAAGCUGAUCCGCAAGGACCAGUCGAAGCUCGACCCGCGCUGGGCCACAGGAGUGUUCCUCGGGCGGAGGGACGAGAGUGAUGAGGUCAUCGUGGGCACGGCGCGAGGGGUCGAGUUCAGCAGGACGUUCAGGAGGCGCGACGACAGCGAGCGGUGGGUCCAGGAGGAGUUCAGGACGUUCAUCGGUGUGCCCUGGAACCCGAGAGCGCCUACGACGGAGACACCGGUGGUGAGUACGAGAAGGAGGUACAUCACGCGUGCCCUGAUCCAGGAGCACGGCGAGAGCCCAGACUGCCCAGCUUGUCUGGGGCUGUCCAGCGUGCACACGGUGGCGUGCAGGGCUCGGUUCGAGGAGAUCUUCAAGGCGAAGGCUGAGCAGCCGAUCCAGCUGCAGCCAGCUGUGGGCCAGUACCACAACAAGCAGCUCCCGCACCGCAGCAGGAGAUAA